ACUACCUACCUGCUCGGCCAUUUUAUCAAUAAACAAGUAUCGAAUUAAAUUGUUUUCGUAAUUGAAAUAAUCUCUUUUCGCCAAUUAGUAAGUGGAGUUGAACUAAUAAUUGAUCAAUUAAAUUAGCAUAUCAACGAUUACUCUAAUCAUAAAUGAAUAGCAGCGAAGAAUUAAAGAUAAAUCCUCUACUUUCGUUUUAUAAAAACAACCUAAAAGAACUAUUAGCAGACGACGAACGAUUUAUCAUUCAUCUUUGCCAAGAGAGUGUUUUUAAUCUUGACGAUAGAAAACGUGUAAAGUUGGAUUUCGAAGCAAUUUUUAACAGUUAUAUUCUAACAUUACCUACUUAUAAACUUUUAGCUAUUUUACAUAAAUUAUCACUAGAUAAACACGUAAAUUUAGCUCGUAAAAUAGAAAAUACAUGGGAAAGUUUAAUAAUAGAAACAAAGAGAUUAGCUGUUGAAAACUAUUCAACAGUGUUGAAAUUUUCCAAAUUUCAAAGUGAUAAAGUAAACUUUAUCAAUUUUCAAAAUAUAUUAACUCCAAUACAAAUCGUUGCUCGAAAGAAACCCGAAUCAUAUAAAGAUGAUGUUUACUUUGAGGAAGGUUUCGAAUUUCUAGAAAAUAUUGACAAUUCUCAAGGUCGUUUUCUAAUUAAAGGUGAAGCUGGCGUUGGAAAAAGUUAUCAUUUUAUUAAACUUAUUCAUUUAUGGGCGAUUCAAGAGAGAAUCCUUCAAGAUUAUCUCGUUUUAAAAGUUGAUUUGAGUCAACUUUCUUCUAAUGAUAGCUUUGAAGAGAAUUUAUACAAUCAGAAUUUUAGCAAAGAUUCAUGGGUAACACGUGACCUUUUACAUUAUUUCUUAUCGGACGAUUGCGAAUAUAGAAACAUAAAGAUUAUUUUUCUAUUUGACGGAGCAGAUGAAUACGGAAGUAAAGAAUCCCUUUUUUCAAAUAUUAUUGAAAAUGACGGAUGUAUCAAAUUUCCAAUAAUUGUUUGGUGCCGAAACUGGAAAGCCGAACAAAUAGAAGAUACUUAUCAUAAUGUUCUUGAGAUAUUAGGUUAUAAAGAUGAUCAUAUACCUUUAUUUUUUGCCAAAUUCUUUCACGAAGGAACAGAUAUAUUUCAAAAUUUAAUAGAAUCCGAUAAUACUCCAAAGAGUCAGCAACUAAUAAACUUUUUACAAAAGAAUAGAGAGGACCUACUAAAAUCUUGCUCAAAUCCUUUAAUUGCAUCUAUAACUGCAAAUAUCUGGGAUACUAAAUGGAAUUCAAUGAAGAAAGAUUCAUAUUCAAUUUACGAUGAUGCUGUUGAAUUGUUGAUGAAGAAUCGUACGAAUACAAUCGAUAAAGAAGAUUACGAUGCAUUUCUUCAUCAAUGCGCACUAGAAGCAUUUAUAAACAUUCUUUUUGAUAAACCAAUCGAAAUGAAAAAAUACAGUGAAGAUUCUAAAGUAUUUGGCAACUUAUUAACAACUUUAACAUGCUUUCAAACCGGAAAGAAACAUUAUAGAUUUAUACAUUUUUCAUUUCAAGAAUAUUUCGCAGCUAAAUUUAUCAUAAAAUGCUUAGAAACGAACGCCAAUUGCCUUAUUUCAGAUGUUACUGAACAGCAAUGUCAAGGUAAACUUUUAGAGAUAAUUUGCCAAUCAACUUAUACUCUUAAGUUAAAGGCGACUUUUGAUUUUAUUAAAAGUCAAAAUAUGCAAAUUUUUUCAAUGAUUAUCAAAGAAAAUCCAAUAAUUUUAAGUAUUUUGGAUACUGUUAACGAAAAAAUUAUAGAUUUAAUCAAAUACAAAAGUGAUAGUCAAAAGAUAUAUCUCGAAGAUGGAUAUCUAUCAACAACAGUAUGGUUUUCGAUUGUUGAAACAUUUUCAAGAAAUAUUACUGUAUUAUCGUUCAAAAAUGUUAAAAUUAACUUUCAAAAGUUUAUUAAUAUUUCAAUUGAAAGCUUAAAAGGAACAUUGAUUGAAUUAUCUAUAGACUCUGGUGUGUAUAAUCAUUUUUCUGUUAGAAUGAUAGAGGAUAUCGUCAAAGAAUUCUCCAAUUUAAAACUACUCUUAUUAGCUAAUAUUCCAUUUAAUAAUUCAAAAAAGGCAAACUUUUUCAUCAAUUCAAAUUCUUUAGAAUCGUUAAGUUUAAUUAAUUGUGAAAUUGACUUUAAUUUACUAAACCUUUUGAAAUGUAGGCAUUUAAAUCACCUAAAUCUAUCCCACAAUACAAUAGCAGCUGGUCAAUUAGAAAAACUUGUUGAUUAUCUAGAAAAUUCCCUUGAACUUCAUUCAAUAAACUUUUCUUACUGUGCUUUAAAAGAUGAACAUUUUACGAUUUUGAAGAGAUUAUUCGAAGAGAUGACCGAUAUUUACAAUUUCUGGUUAGAUGGAAACGAAUUUAGUGAUAGUUUUGUUGAUGAUUUAAUGAAAUUUCUAAUUGAAAAUGGCAAUAAUGUUAAAGAAUUCUCAGUUAAAGAUUGUAAUAGUAACAUUACAGCGUCGACAGUUACUAGUCUAUUGGAUAAUAAUCUAUCUUUAAAUAUUCUUAAUCUCUAUGGUAAUAAACUGUUAAAUGUAAGAGAAGUUUCAUUUCCAAAGAGUAUUAUUCUUUCCAAAGAACUUCAGGAGUUAAGAUUUCCCAUAAUGGAUUGCGAUACUGCCAUUGAAUAUAAAGAUUUCUAUGAAAUAAUGGAUGGAAAUCUUGAAUUGAAAAUGUUGGAUUAUAGUGGAAAUAACUUAAAAGUACAGUUUCUAUUUGGUGUUUUACAAAAGAUUAUCUCUUUUUCGACUAAUCUAGAGAGUAUAAACCUUAGUAAUUGUAAAUUACCAUUAGAACAUCAGGAGGAAUUAUUUAAUAGUUUAAAAGUACACGAUAAACUGUUGAAUAUGAAUUUAGAAGGAAAUUUAUUGAAUGAAAAGAUAUUUCUUAAUUUUAUUAAUCAUAGAUCAAAAAAAUUGAAUAAAGAAGGAGUGAAACUAAACGUAUCUCAAUGCGAUCUUAGACAAUUUUCUCUAAUCGAAUUGAUAAAUUUGAAUAUGUUAUCUAUAAAUUUAUCUGGAAAUAACUUGAAAGAAACUAUUAAUUGGAAGAAAAUGACAAUAAAAAAUCCUACAUGUAUUAAAGAACUUCUCCUUCAAAAGUGCCAAUUAAACUCUUCGUUUGUUAACGUACUAACCGUAAAUCUUCAUAAUUUACCAUCAUUAGAAGUUUUGGAUAUAUCAAUUAAUAAGUUUAGUGAUCAAGCCAUUUUGAAUUUUUUCAAUAAGGCCUCAACUCAGAAAAAUAGCUUAAAAUAUGUUUAUUUUUACGGUGGAAAGUUAACUAUAAAAGCUUUAAUUGAUUUAUCAAUAUCUAUAAGUAAAAUAAAUGAUAUUGAAGUCAUUAAUUCACCUUUUAUAGACGAGGAAAGUGAUGAUUUUAACCAAUUGAAUUCUAUUAAUUUAGCAAAUUCGAAAUAUUUUAAUCUACAAAUUAUUAAUGAAAUUCUAUUUCAAAUAGACAGUAUAAUGAAAUAUAAGAAAUUACAAAUAAAUUCAACAGAAUCACCAAGAUACGAUAUGAUUCGAAUGGUAAAAGAAUCAUCAUUAGAAAUAAGGAGUAUAAGUAUUUAUGACGAUUUAAUACCAGAUGAAAUAAAUCAUAUGAAAUCAAUUAUUGAGAAUAAUACCGAUAUUGAAACUAUGGAAUUAAAUUUUAAUUUAUCCCAUGAAACUAUAAUGACGUUUUUUGGAAUGACAAAAGAAUUUAUUCGAAGGAUUAAAUCAUUUAGUUACAAUUCAAAUAGCAAUUCAAAAUCAAGUAUUAUGGAUAUAAUAAAUUUUCAUGAAUUCUUACAUAAUCAACAAGAUUUAAAACGUCUCUCUUUAACUUGUUUGAAUUUUGUAACAAGUAACGCCAUUAAAUUUUUUAAAGACUAUCCAAAUAAUUCACAAAAUUUGAAUACUUUGAAAUUAUUUCGUAGUAAAUUUACAGAGGAGACAAGCGAAUAUCUUGGAAAAUUCAUUAGUAAUCAAUUAGGUUUAAAAUCUCUGGAUUUAGGAUCAAUUAAUCUUGAUGGUAAUAUUGGAGAGAAAUUGUUUAAGAAUAUCUCAAACUCUUGCUGCAAUCUAAAUAAAAUCAACUUAUCUAAUUGUCAUUUAAACGAUACAGCAUUGGAAUAUCUUGGACAAGUUUUUAGUUAUCAAACACAUCUGGAUUCUAUAGAUUUAUCUGGAAUUGAUUUAAGUAACAAAUACGGAUGUCAAUUAUUUCAGAAUUUGGCCAAUUCAAAUAAAUUUACUAAAGUUAAAUUGCAAAAUUGUAGUUUAAAUGGUAAAAUUUUACCAGAUUUGCAAAGAUUUAUUCAAAAUCAAACAAAUUUAAAUGUCGUUGAUCUGUCUAACGUAAAGUAUAAUGUCGAUAUUCAACAAGAUAUUCUUCAGGAUUUCUCAUUCAAGUGUAAAAAUAUAAGUGAACUUUACUUACGCAAUUGUCGCUUUAGUGAUAGUCUCUCGAGAGUUAUUGGAAAACUACUAACUGAACAAAACAGUAUAAAUGUUCUGGAUUUAUCAUUUUCUAACUUAUCUAAAACGGGAGCUGAAAAUUUGUUCAAUCAAAUAUCUCAUAAUACAAGCUUAUCUGAAGUUGAUCUAAGCAAUUCAACAUUUACGGAAGAUAUGAUUGAAUACAUAGGGAAAUUUCUUUACAAUCAAAUAUCUCUAAAAGUUAUGAAUAUUUCCAUGAUAAAACUUAAAAAUAUGGUUGGAAUGUUAUUCUUUCAGCAUCUUACAAAUCCAAAUAUGAAACUCAAGGAACUGUAUCUAACUGGCUGUAAAUUUACUGCUAACAUGACUGAAUACAUUGGAAAGUUUAUUGAUAGCCAAAAUCAUUUACAAAUUUUAGAUCUAUCAAACACAAAUCUACGUUCAAACAUCGGAAAAAAUCUCUUUAUUAACAUAUCGAACAAAUGCUGUAAUUUAAGGAAUUUGAAUAUGGAAAAUUGUCAAUUAACAGAAGAUAUGACAGAAGAACUUGGAAAAUUCAUUGGCUAUCAGAAUCAAUUGAAUAUACUAGACUUGGCCGAUGUAAAUUUAGAGCAUAACAUUGGAAAGAAUUUGUUUGAAAAUAUUUCUAAAGUAUGCUGUAACAUCCAUGAAAUAUGUUUGGAUGACUGCAAACUAACUGAAGAUAUGUCAGAUUCUCUUGGAAAAUUCAUUGGUUAUCAAAACAAAUUGGAGCUUUUGUAUAUGGCGAAUGCAGACCUGAAAAAUGAUAUUGGGAAAAAUUUCUUCAGAAAUAUUUCCAGCCAAUGCUGCAAUAUUAGAGAAAUUAUUAUGGAAAAAUCCAUAUUUACAGAAGAUGUAACAAAAUAUCUGGGAGAAUUUAUUAGCUACCAAAAGAAAUUGAAACUAUUAGAUAUUGCCGAUACGAAAUUAGAUAAUGCCAUUGGAAUGAAUUUAUUUAAAAAUGUAUCGGAUCUAUGCUGUCCAAAAGCCGUCAAUUUAUUAGGAUGUAAACUUUCAGAUCAAGUUACCGAAUGUUUAGAUAAUACCUUUGGCUUAGAAACAGAUAUUGCUAUGGAUUCUUCGGCAGAUGAAUGUGUUAAUGAAGAGAUAGAUAUGUUAGCCUAACAUAAUUGAUUAUAAUACGUUUAUCUUCUACUUGAUAUCAUCAGAUUGUAAUUUGUGUUUCUUAUUUUUCUAUAGAGUUUAUAAUUUUCUAGGUCAAUUAUUAUAAAUAAAUAAUUUUUAUAUUAAGUGAUAGUUUGAUUGUUUCAAUAUGGAAGAGAGUACUUAUCUAAAAAUAGUACUGUUUCACAAUCCACUCUCUGAUCUCAGCCAAUUGAUGUGCGUGUUAUGUUCAAACAGUAUACGGAACAAUGUUCUAAAUGAUCUUCUGUCGUCUGCCAGUACAUUGAUCAGACACUGAAGAUUGUAUCAUUAUGGUCAACGUAAAAUGUCUGAAUGAUGUAUGGAAAAUUUAAAGAAAUAAGAAGGCCCAAGUUUUAUUAGCAAUAAAAACAUUUAAAAACUGAUUUUCAAUAUUUAUGUUAUUGAUAAUUGGUAGUGCAAUAUUAGCAUUAACAGGUGAAUGACCGACAUAUUCUUGAAUUUGCAUUACAAGAGUGUGGCUCCUCACAUCAGCUGCAAUGAAAUAGUUUCCUUCUACUAUUGGAUUGUAUAAAGACGGGACUAUGCCUUGAUUAAAGGUAAGUAUUUUACGUGAAUACAUUCAAACAUAAUAACUGUUAUAUAAUUUUUAUAAGACGUUUCUUCUUUGGAUGACAAAGUCUAUUUCAACGGAAGUGUUGACGAUAUAUAAAGGGUAUUAUACAUAUUAUAUGAUAUUAAGCAUCAUUUCACUAAAAGUAGCCGUCUUUAUUGUAAAUAAUAAAAUUUGCUGGCAGCUAGCAUACGCAACUAAAAAUGUAUGGAACUGUGAUGAAAAAUAACGUCAUUUUUUGUUUGCUUCAAUUCAUUUUCCUACGAAUACCUUCAUUAUCACUGAAUUUUUUUUAACCUAUCAAUAUAAUGAUUAAUCUUUAACCUACGUAUACAUUGCUUUCCCUUUGUACUAUAAAUAAAGAUACAAGGAUUGAAGUAUAAUGUCGUAUAUUAAUAAUUUUAGAAAUAGACCAAUAUAACUUUAAGAAUUUUGAACGAUAUAUUUUUAAAUAGUAAAUAGUUGCAAUCUUGUUGACAACAUGAGUGUAAAUAUGGAAUUGAUAAUCAUUAAUCAUUUACAAUGAAUUGUUUGUAUUACAAAAAUAAAAAUUAUAUUUAAAGCUCUAACGACGUAUUUCUGAAUGUUUACUGAUAAAUCAGACAGAUAGUAAUGUCGCUUCUCUGAAAUAUAGAAUAUUCUAUUUAAUGUUAAUGAGAUUAACAUCUAAUACUAAAUUUUCUUAACGGUACGUAUCUUUUGUUUUAAAGAGAUUAAUAAGUGUUCAAUUCCGCGAUUAUGAUAUAUUAGUAAUUAGACUUUCAAUAAUUGCAUACACAUUUACAAUAACUUAUUUUAAUGAUACUAAUUAUGCGAUAAAAACUAAUUAAUAUCUCUCAGAUGAAUCCGUGUUCACUUGAAUUGCGCUUGAACAAUAGUUCACCAGGAAAGAUGUAAGAAUUGUUAAGCUUUACAUAUAGACUGUAGAGAGAAAGUUAUUCGAUCAACCCCCAAUUAGAUUUCUCCACUAAAAUUGAUAGAUUGAUCAUCGACCUAUUUAAUUAUUAUUUAAAAUUCAAUUUCUUUAUGAUUACUCUUUAUUGGACAAUUAUUGAAUUUAAUAAGAGUGCAAAAUCAUGUGACACAUUUCGACAAUUUUUGAGAUUACUAUAUAAUUGUUUAGUGAAGCUUCUGAUUAAUUUAACAAUAAUCAUCUUGCGUUGGUGCAGAGCAUGUUUUAUAAUGAAAAAUAGAAGUUGGACUGGUAAUUAGCAUGUCAUCAAAAAUAUGACCAAAAUGUAAAAUUGACUUGUUAGCUGUAACUGAAAUACCAGAGCAAUUUUGUAAACUUUGACAUAAUUUCAAACAUUGAAUUGAAAGUUGACAAUCUUGAUCAAAUGUAUCUUUUUUCAUUUCUAUUGAGGAUAGAGAAUAGAAAGGAGUUUCGACAAUAGCCGGUUGUCCAAUUAUAUAUAUAUUAGUAAAAGUGAAUUGAAAAGGUGACUUGACUAUAAGAUAUCGUCCAAUAGUAGUUCUCUUACAAGUUAUAGUAAAAUAAUAUCUGUCGUCUUUAAUCGUAAAAGUAUCAGUAUCUGAAGAACUGAGAUGAUUGCAUAGCGUUGUUCUUAAUCGUUCAGAGUAUCCAUGACCCAAAUGAAACGAAAUCUUUCCGUUGACAUUUGGUUGUACAUCCGUUGUAACUAAUAUCUUUUCGACAUUUGAGCAUGUUUUCAAUUGAAGUUUGAAUACACUCAAAUACAAAUUAAUAGGAAUUGAAGUUGUAAGCGUUGGUUGCGGAUAACUGAUAAAUGUAGCUAAGUAUUUUACCGUUGCUUUAAAUUAUUGAUAUUAUUAGUUAAUUUAUAUAUUCUGCAUCUUAUUUGAAGGUUUAUACCUAUCUUAAGAAGAUCUUUUACAACACCAGCAAUAAGGAGAUAAAAUCUGGUCGGAGUUGUAGUAUCAAAAGCAAUUGUAUCUCCAAGUGAAGAGCAGCAGUUGUGUUUUAAUCGAGAAUGGAAUGGAUAUUCGCUAGUUUGAUCUUUCAAUUCAGAAAUACAUCUUACAUUGCUGUCAGGAGGACUAGACUUUCUAGUAUGGAUACCAAUCACAUCGAAUUUUUUAACGAGAAAAGGUUCUUCUAAUUCUACCAUUUGUACUUGAUGAAGUGGUCCUUGAGGGACGUUUGUUUCGUGGACUAAUGUAUAAGUUAAAUCACUAACUGGUCUCCAAAUUGCUACAUUUUAAACGAAAUUAUUAAGGGCGAAAGUACGAAAAUAUCAACGCAAGACACACACCUAUAUAACAAAGAUAGAAUAUACGUAUUGUGGUUUCUGCGAAUGAUAAUAAGGAAAAUGGACGAACUUUGUUAAUCUGUAAAGUCUUUAUAAUUUUUUUACAAAUUAUGAUAUUUAAUAUAAAAAACCUUGGAUAACAA